ACCUUCCCAUCUCUUUUUCUUUGUAGUCCUCAACACCCCUUCUUCUUUCUUUCUCUAAACCCUAACUUGAGUUGAACCUGCUGCUUUACACUCUUGGCUAUAACUUCUCCGGUUGCUCUCUCUCUCUCUCUCUCUCUCAACCUGCCAUCUUGAUGGAUUCCUUGAGGAAUUGUUUCAGAAGCACCAAGGCAGAUCGCCAACCUAACACUACAGUUCGGUCCAAAGUUGGAUCUAGCUCACGAGAAGGAUUUGGGCUGAGGCAAUAUAGCUAUGAUGAACUAGCAGAAGCAACCGAUAAGUUUUCCAACAGAAAACUGCUCGGCGAAGGCGGUUUUAGUCUAGUCUAUGAGGGAACAAUAGAUGGGGUAAAAGUUGCUAUUAAGAAACUUAAAAUUCGUCCGGAUGAACGGUCGCAGUCGGAAGAAGAAUCGGAGGAGGAGAUUAAGGUUAUUAGCAGAGUAAGUCACAAAAAUCUCGUUAAGCUGUUUGGAUACUGCAUUGAAGGAGACGAUAUAUUGCUUAUUUUGGAGUAUGUUCCCAAAAAAUCCUUGAAACAUCAUUUACAUGGAGAGACCACUUUGGAGUGGACAAAAAGAAUGAAAAUCGCCAUGGGAACAGCUAAAGGGUUAGAAUAUUUACAUGAAAAUUGUACACCCAAAAUCAUUCAUCGUGAUGUUAAGGCCGAUAAUAUACUUAUUGACGAUAAGUAUGAGCCAAAGAUAGCAGAUUUUGGACUUGCCCUUCUUUUUCCGGAAACUGGUAGCCUCACUCACAUCACUAGAUCAAACAAGGGAACUCAAGUUUAUGCAGAUCCAGAGUAUUAUCCUCAAAAAGUCUCUGAAAAGUCAGAUGUUUAUUCCUAUGGUGUGGUUCUUUUAGAGCUAAUAUCUGGGAGAAAAACUAUAUUAGAAGGCACUGAUAUUGUUGCUUGGGCAAAACCUCAAAUUGAAUCUGCUUUGCACAGUGGAGACCACACAAAUCUUGUCGAUUCUAAAUUAUUGCAAACGAAGUAUAACGAAAAAGAAAUGAAAACAAUGAUUUCUUGUGCUGCGGCUUGUGUAUAUAAACCUUCAAGCUCUCGUCCAAAAAUGAAUCAGAUAGUUCGAGCUCUUGAAGGAUAUAUGUGUAUAGAAGAAAUAUGGAAUGAGAAGAAUGACAACAUAUUCCUGAAAGUGAUCUCCCCCAUCAGUGGAACUUCCUUGGCCUUCCCCACGGGAAUUGACUCUACUUUGUCAAAUGGAGCUCAGGGUCCAGAUCCUUCAUUCCGGGAUUCAACCCCAACCAAUGGAAGAGAUGACCCCCCGGAUUCAAGACUGCCCAAUGGUGGUGGACAGGUUCAGUCGAUUAGUACUGAAUCAGAGUCUGUUGAUGGGAAGGUAUCUAGAUCUCUUAAUGAUGGUGAGAAUGGUGUGACAUCAAGGGAUUCAACAUUAGUUGCCAGCAGUAAUGGUGUGACAUCAAGGGAUUCAACAUUAGUUGCCAGUAGUAAUGAAGUUGAGGUUGAGUAUUGA